GGGACCUUUGACUUCAACCUCACACAUCCCUCCCUCCCUCUCCAAAAGUUCACUCUCUGUUUAAUCUGAGAAUCCAAUCACAGAGUUGGGUUCUUCUUCGUAGAGUUUUGCAUACUAGAAGCUUCAAAGAACAACCCAAUUUACAAGGUUAGUCUUCCUCGUAUGAAUCAAGUAAUUUACACACCAUACAAGACUAGCUGUAAUCUUGAAUCUGAAGUCACCAUACUUUUUCUCCCCCUGUUCUUUACCUAUCUUUUCUCAGUUUUCUGUGAUUGAACUUUACUAGUUUCAUGUUCAUGUCUGAUGCGCAAGUACCAAAAUCUGCAAAUUUCCAUACCCAUUUUGUGUUAAAAGCAUAUGGUUCUUCAAGUUUUGUAAUUUUGGUUGGUGGGUAGCUGAGAGAUCUUGAAAAAAGUGACUAGGGUUUUGGAAUUUGCAAUUAUGAAGAUUAUAUACCUGGUUGGAAUUUGGUUGUUGGGUUGUUUAUAUUCUUGUGCCUUAGCUUCACAAGAUCGUAUUCUAUACGCAGAUGGGGAUUUUGGAACUGGAAAUCAACAUACUACUGUAACAUAUAAGUAUGAUCGAAUAGAUGAGGUGAAGAAACAGUGUGCCUCUGUUCUAAACUCCGCUUCUGAAUUGAAACCCGAUGAUAAUAGAAUGUAUGGCAUUAAAGAAGAGCUCUCUUUUAUGAAUGGAGAUUGGUGGCAGGAUGUCAAUAAGGCACCAUUAAUGCCCUUUGAUGACAGAGAUGUUUCGAAGAGCUCUUCGGAUCUCCGAUCCCAAUUGAACUUAGUAUCAUUUUGGGUUACAGAUGUUGACCGCGUUCAUCAUUCUAAGAAAUUUGUGAGUAUUAGUGGGAUUAUGCAACUUGGGAUAACACUAGAUGGCUUAUUUAUAGAAAAACCUCGUGAGGGUAGUCAUCGUUUUGACAUAUGGCCCAGUCAUUCUCAGCUCUCGGUUUCUUUCCAAGGAAUUUACACUGAAUCGAAAGAAAAUGGUGGGGAUAGAGUGAUGUGUUUACUGGGAAAUACAGUGUUGCCUUCUCGUGUGCCUGACUCUACCGAUCCAUGGGAAUGGGUGAAAGAAUCUGGGUAUCCCAAUCAGCCCCCUCUUUUGCAAGAUGAUCAAGUUUUGCUUGUUCUCCGCUACCCACAAAUAUUCACAUUGACAAAAAGAGCAAUACGAGGAAGCUUGAAGAGUUUAAACCCGAAAUCAAACCUUAAGUACUUUGAUGAAGUUCACAUUUCUUCCGGGUUGGGCACUUCCUCAAACUAUGAAUUUCUCAAUGAUAAGAUUGUGUCCAAAGCCUGCAAUCCAUAUCCAUAUGAAGAUAGUUUGAUGAGAGGUGGCUUUGAUAUAUAUAAAGGACUGGACUUCUGUUUAAUUCUCGAGCGGUUUACCCAUGGAGAAGCUAUAACCAUUGUGCCAAAUUGGAGAUGCAAUGGUACUGACGAUUUUUGUAGUAAGUUGGGUCCAUUUAUGUCAGAUAAGGAGAUUAAAGCCACAGAUGGGGGCUUUAAGGAUGUUAGACUUGUACUUCAGGAUGUUCGGUGCGAGAAAGGAAUUUCACGGGACAAUGUUGACUUUUUGAGGGUUUCUGCGGUGUUUAGAGCUAUUCCUCCAUUUGAGAAUCAGUUCAAUGCUGCACAGAGGACUGGCUUAAAUAACAUGACUCUUUCUGCUGAGGGACUUUGGAGUCCUUCAAGUGGGCAGCUUUGCAUGGUGGGCUGUCUUGGAUUGGUUGAUGCACAAGGAAAUCGUUGCGAUUCUCGGAUCUGUUUGUAUGUUCCUCUCUCGUUUUCCAUAAAACAACGAAGCAUAUUUAUGGGGACGAUAUCAAGCAUUGACGAUAAAAGUACCAGAUCAUUCUUCACUUUGUCAUUUGAAAAGCUGGUGCGACCUGCAGAGCUGUGGGAUCAAUACACUGCUGCCAAUCCGUAUUACGGUUACUCAAAACUUGAUUCAGCUGGUGUGGUCCUCGAGAAAAACGAGCCCUUCAACUUUGGAACUGUCAUCAAGAAAUCGUUGCUGAAAUACCCCAAACUGGAAGACUCAGAUGCGUUCCUAGUCAGUCUUUCUCUUCUGUCGGAAGAUCUCACCCUUCAAAUUGCUGCAUUUCCUGAUCCAAUUCCUAAUUCUCGUCCCCCUAGAACUGAUCUCCAGAUGGAGAUUAUCUCACUUGGUCCCAUGUUUGGUCGCUACUGGUCUAUGCAAAAUGGUACAAUCUCAGAGUUGACACCUUACCGCAGUAAAGCUGAAUACACAGAAAAACAGCUUCUCCUGAAUAUAUCGGCUCAACUCACACUUACUGGAAUGCCCUACAGCAAUUUCUCAAAGCUUUUCCUGGAGGGCCUUUAUGAUCAACAUGUUGGAAAAAUGUAUUUAAUUGGCUGCAGGGAUGUUCGAGCCUCGUGGAAGAUACUACAUGACAGCAUGGACCUUGAAGCUGGUUUGGAUUGUUUAGUCGAAGUUGUUGUAUCCUACCCGCCCACAACUGCCCGGUGGUUAGUCAGUCCAACGGCUAGGCUCUCGAUAUCUAGCCAAAGGAAUGAAGACGACCCCCUCUAUUUUAGUCCAAUAAAGCUCCAAACUUUUCCACUUAUGUAUAGGAAACAACGGGAAGACAUUCUCUCUCGCAGAGGUGUUGAGGGGAUUCUCCGGAUUCUGACUCUUUCACUGGCAAUUGCUUGUAUUUUGAGUCAACUGUUUUAUAUAAGAGACAAUUUGGAUUCUGUUCCUUUCAUAUCUCUUGUCAUGCUAGGCGUUCAAGCUCUGGGGUAUAGUCUUCCUCUUAUCACAGGUGCAGAAGCGAUUUUCAAAAGAAUGGCUUCGGAGUCUUACGAAAACCCAUCUUAUGAUCUUGAGAAGAACCAGUGGAUCUAUGUAAUUGAUUACACAGUGAAGCUCCUGGUACUAGUUUCAUUUUCACUCACUCUAAGGCUUUGUCAGAAGGUGUGGAAAUCCCGUAUCAAAUUACUCACUCGGGCCCCUCUUGAACCUCACCGCGUCCCAAGUGACAAACGGGUGCUUUUUGUAACCUUGAGCAUACAUGUGAUUGGGUAUAUAAUUGCUCUCAUUAUGCAUUCUCUGAAGACCAGCCAGAGGCUGUUUCGGACAGAGCGAUUUUUAGAUUCUACAGGAAAUUCGCAAAUGCUACGGGAAUGGGAAACUGAACUAGAGGAGUAUUUGGGUCUUGUUCAGGAUUUUUUCUUGCUUCCUCAAAUUCUAGGCAACUUGAUAUGGCAGAUCCAUUGUAGACCUCUCGGAAAAAUAUAUUUCAUUGGGAUAACAAUGGUCAGAGUUCUCCCUCAUGUUUAUGAUUAUGUAAGAUCUCCUAUUCCCAAUCCCUACUUCUCUGAGGAUUACCAGUUUGUGAACCCACGUUUUGACUUCUACUCUAAGUUUGGGGACAUUGCAAUACCCGCCAUAGCAAUUUUUCUUGCAGUUACGGUGUAUGCUCAGCAGAGGUGGAAUUACGAGAAGCUCAGCCAAACUCUUACUAUUGGGCAACGUAGGCUUCUACCUUUGGGUUCCAGAGUCUAUGAAAGAUUGCCUUCCAUGUCAUUUGAAGCGGAGCUCGUCUCUGGUGUCAAUGACCAUACUGAAGACAUGAAGGACCGUGACGAAUCUGUGGUAAACUAAUACAGAUUGAUUGUAAACAUAAAUGCAUAGUAGGCGCUGUUCUGGCGGUUUACGUUUAAAUUCUUGAGAUGUUGUUCCUUCAAAGAAUGAUUACAAGCAUUUUUUUAUCCUACAUUUGCUGAUUCAUCGUACCUUGUUGUUCUGUUAUGGAAUAUUGUUGUUGUCAUUUUCCGUAGAAACUUUGUUGUUGUGUUCUCUGAAAUAACACAAGUUUUAUUUUGUCACAA